AAAAAAUGUUAAGAACACUAGUUGACUUCUCGUGCCUCACGUUGACCUGUUAUUACACUCUUCAGAUUAAUUAUGCUUCCAAAUAUUCUUUAUCUGAUAUAUAAAUUUGGCUCUGUUGAAACUAGGAACUAAGGCAACAUGUUCUUUCAGCAGGUUUAAGUGAGUUCAAUAUUUUAAAAAAGUUUCAUAAAUCAUUUAGAAUAACUGCCAGCAGGGGGCAACAGCUGAACCCAGUCAGGGCUAUGAGGCAACAAAGCAAUGGGAAAAUAAACAGAAACCCUCAUGGUCAUGAAGGGUACAUCAAAUAACCACAACAAGAUACUUGCAUAUUAAGAAGGUGGUUGCGUACCUACAUAUUUUUCUGUUUUUCAGAUCACCUUCUCAACUUCAAAGGAAACAUCAGGUCAUAAAGUUAUAUCAUCUGAUGGUCACAGUUCUAGCUGCAUUUGUAUCAUGUGUCAAUUACAUUGUGCAACAGUUUAAGAAUAGCUUCUCACUUAUGUUUAUGACACUGUGUGUUGAUCAGAUAUUAAUGCUCAGAACAGUAUGUCAUAGCACAGUUAAGCAACCACUGGUCAUAACUGCUUAGUAGAUGUGUGAAUAAACAUUAACAAAAAAUGUGCAACAGUCAAGAACUGCAGCAUUUAUUCAAGAUUACAUUUUUUUGCAAUCUGACUGUACUUCCAGGCACUUAAUGUACUGAGUGUAUUCAUGACCAUCAUACAGCUCACACUAAUUAGAAUAUUGCAUAAUAUAUAUUUUUUCCAUCAAUGUGUUAAAAGAAUACAUUUCCAAACGUAUAAAUUAAUCUGAAUAUUUUUAAUAAAUCUAUUUAAAUCAAAGCCACAAAACGAAGACAUUAAAUAUAUUGAGAACCUAAAAAGUAAUAAAAUAUAUUAUCAUCUUACCUUAAAUUUAAUUUAACAGUCUCACCAAAUUGUGGAUUUUAUUAUUAAGCUCAUCAGGUUCCAGUGCUGAAGAAUAAGCAAUGCAAAAGAAAGAGACUAGCAGGUAAAUUAUCAUUUAGAAAAAAGAGGCUUAAAUGUUGUGUCCGUGGUAGUUUAAUAAACAUAAUUGAUCCUCAGCCAUUUGCUUUUACCGGUUAGUUUAAUUUAAAACGUAUGAAAAUUGCUUUUCUGUAAAGUCACUCCAUUUACUAAACAGAACCGGUUACAUAAAUUGGCACAUUGAGCAGAUAAAUGAAAAGAAAUCAAAUGGAAAAACAGCCAAGUCACAGGAUCUUGACAAAGACUUGUUUACCAAUAAUACUGAGCCCUCUUUCUCAGGUCGAGCUCCUCUGAGCCGGUCACAUGGACCCUGUUUGUCUGUACUCAGUUGGCCACUUGGGUCACUGUUAGAGGGGACUCUGCGCCCACUGGGGCAUGUGACACAUGCUGCAAUGGGUAGGAGGGGGAGUUUCGGUGAAAAGAUCCUAGGCUAGCAAGCGGGUAGGAAUGCCUGGUGGAAAGGAUCGGGUGUCACCAGCUGUGAGUGUGCAGUAUAAAGGACAGAGCUGCUAGCUCUCAACCAGAAUAGAUAUCAGCCUUUCAAGUACGGCACACCAACAGGAGAAGUUCUUAGACGCUGUACUCUCUUUUAGCGACUCAGCUUUUAGCUUUCUCCUUGUGAGAACAUAAGACUUCCUAGUCUAGGUGUACGCAUAAAACUUACGAAAUGGACAUCCAGAGGACAGGAUCUGUGGUUCGGCCCCCCAGCCCCAUGGAUAGCCUUGAGAAGCAGCUGAGCUGCCCCAUCUGCCUGGACAUGUUCACGAAGCCUGUGGUCAUCCUGCCUUGCCAGCACAACCUGUGCCGUAGCUGUGCCAGUGACCUCUAUGACUCGCGCAACCCGUACCGCUUUUCUGGUGGCGUCUUUCGCUGCCCUACCUGCCGGUUUGAGGUUGUGCUCGACCGCCAUGGUGUGCACGGGCUUCAGCGAAACCUGUUAGUGGAAAAUAUCAUUGACAUCUACAAGCAGCAGCAAGAACUAAGUGGCAGUGGAAAGACAGAAACCAACCUGAAGCCUAAAGAGUCCAAAGAGCCAAAGUGCCAGGAACAUGAGGAUGAGAAAAUCAACAUCUACUGUGUGACCUGCCAAACACCCACCUGCUCCAUGUGCAAAGUGUUUGGCCAGCAUAAGGACUGUGAGGUGGCCCCUCUAACAACUGUUUAUGAGACCCAGAAGGGUGAACUGAGUAAUGCUAUCGAUACGCUGGUGACCAGCAAUGGUCGCCUGCAGUCUCUGCUUAAUCAGAUGGAAGACGCCUGCCGUGCUGUACAGGAAAACGCUCAGCGUGCCAAGCAGGGCCUCGCUGAGCGGUUUGAUCUGCUAUAUGCUAUCCUAGAAGAGCGUAAGGGCAUUUUACUUGAGCAGAUUGGGAAAGAGCAAGAUGAAAAGGUGGCAGCUCUGCGGGCACUGGCUCAGCGUUACGGUGAGCGACUGCAGGCCAGCUCAGAGCUGACUGAUUCGGCUGUGAGGGCAUUGGAGCAGAGCGGAGCUGCUGAGUUCCUGUUGGCUUCGAAGGGCCUUAUCACACAGACCAAAGAUGCAGCCAAAGCCUCACUGGGGGAAGAGAGGCCCGAGCCAGGCUUCGAGAAGAUGGACCACUUCACUAUAUCAACGGAGCAUGUUGAAAGAGUCCUUGGAAAAAUGGACUUUGGAGUGGUUGGAGAUGAUGAUGAAUUUGAGGAUGCAGAGGAGGAGGAGGAAGAGGAGGAAGAAGAGGAGGAAUGAUGAGAAUUGGAAGUUGUUUUGAACUUAAGUACUCUUGAAGGUGUUUUGAAAUAGGGCAGUGUUUGUCUUGAGGACUGAAAUAUUAAGGAGGUGAAAGAGGAUGUGGGCUGAAACUGUUUGCCCUGUCAGUGCAAUAUCUAAUUUCAGUGUCAUAUUCAUUCUUUUUUUCUUAAGUUCUUUUUAUACUUUUGUACCUCUAAGUCUGUUAAAUGUAGAAACAGGUAGUAUUUAGGAAUAGUUGUUAUUUUAGAUUUCCUUUCUCACUUUUUUUGUGGAAUUGGUGAUCAACUGACCUCGAUGUAAUCACCAAGUCUGUUGUUACUGGUAAUAAACCUGCAUGAAUUGAAGCAGCAAUGUUCUUUAUUUUUAGCUCAAUGUAAGCCCAACUUAAAAUAUUGAUUUAUUUAUAUUAAAUAAAUGGGGCUUAAAAGGAAAAAAAAAACCCUACAUGACUUAGGAUUAUUUUGGUGCUACAGACUUUUGGAGUGCUUCCAUCCAAAUGGUUCCCAGUCUGUUGCUGCUCUUACUUGGCAGUGGACUGUAUUUAAAAAUAAAGCCCCUUGCCAUGUCC